AUGGCAAUUCAUUUAGCACAAUCUGCGGGUGUUGCUAAAAUUUUUCGCUUUGUUGAUAAUGAAUAUCAUUCAAAACUAUUUCCAUCGGUCAGUGACUAUAUAACAUAUGAACUUUUAACUCUUGAACAAUGUUUAGAGCCGAUUGCGGCUCGAAUUGAUCGAUUAGAUCAAAUAAUUCUAUUAGCCAAAGACAAGUGCCAUUUCCCUUGCGAACACGGUCUCACACAAGAUGAAUCAGCUGCUAUUUUUCUCUAUACGAUAGAAUGGAACAGUAGUACUCUCUAUCAAAUGAUUAAUAGAGAUCUUCGUUUAGAAGAGCAGUCAGUUUCGAAGUCAUGGCUUCCUUAUCUGAAAUUAUUUUAUACUGCUUUAAAUAAAUUGCCCAAUGCUCAAAUAAAUGUGUGGCGAAGUAUUCAAGAAGAUACGAUCAAGGAACUAGAAAAAAAUAAUGAAUUUAUCUGGUGGAAUAUUACUUCAUGUUCAUCGUCGAGUGAUGUUAUUAAAGAUUUUAUUGGAAUAAAUUCAAGAUUACUAGUGAUUAAAACAACAACGGGAAAGGAUAUAUCGAACUAUUCGAAUUUUCCAGAUCAACAUGAGAUUAUUCUUUGUCCAGGUACUCGACUACGUUUCAUGAAAAAUAUUCAAGAUCUUACGUAUUUGCAAGAGAUAACUGAUGAAAGUGAACGAAAAACAUCGCUUCCUGUCAAAACAAAUAGCUUAGUCAGCAUUUUAUUAUCACAGCGGUACAACAAAUGGUCACUCUUAUUAUUGAUGCACUUUAUCAUACUGAUAUUAGCACUAUUUCUUUUCACUCCUACUGCAAAGCCAUUGGCUAGUUUUGUAUUAUCAAACAGUACUACACCGUUGUCCCAGGCGAUGCAGAGCAUGUUUUCAUUGAUAGCUGGCAUAAGUCAAGCAAUGAUCACUUGUCGCCCAUCAAUUAUUCAUGUACAUGUCGAUGAAAUUGGGAAUAGCUUUGAAGGAGAAUGGAAAGAUGGUAAGAAGCACGGUAAAGGUAAGAUGAAUUAUGCGAAUGGUUACACAUAUACUGGCGAUUGGGUUGAAGACGUAGCGACAGGUGAAGGGGUCUUCAUCUGGACCAGUGGGGAUCAAUACGAGGGACAAUAUCAAAACGGUCAGCGACAUGGUAAAGGUUCGUAUACUUAUGCAAACGGCGACAAGUACACGGGCGAUUGGUUCGAAGACAAGAAAUUAGGCCAGGGCAUUUUUAUCUGGGGACCUACCAGUGCUUGGGCCAACCACAAAUAUGAAGGAGAAUUUUACAACGAUCAGAUGCAUGGGCAAGGCACAUACUCUUUUGCAAAUGGUGACACUUACAUUGGCGGUUGGAUCAAUAAUCAACAGGAAGGUCAAGGUAUCUUUAGUUUUGUUAAUGGUGAUCGAUUUGAGGCGAGCUGUUCAUAA